AUGACUCCCAGCAUGGUCCAUUUGAGCUCGGAAGAGCUUAUGGAUGCCUUGAUGCAAAGGAUACAGAAACACGCCUCUAAGUGGGACACCGCCAAGAUUGAUGCCAUGGAGAAGCGUCUUCAGACGGCAGCAGCUGUUGUCAGAGGUGCCCGUAAUUCCCAUCAGCCUAUCAACCGUAUUCCGCCAGAACUACUCGCGGUGAUCUUCAGUAUGACACAGCACCACCUUCCCGGCUUCCUUCCUCUCGUCGGGAAAGGCAGUGACUAUACCAAAGGACGGGAUUGGUUGCGCCUUCUCGAGGUCUGUCGUCAUUGGCGCGGUGUAGCCGCCACCUUUCAUUCCCUUUGGGCCACCAUCGAUAACGAUCAUAUGCCCCUCACCUUUCUGAAACGUUCAUCCGAAUCAUUGCUUACGGUUGUUAUCGGUUUGAAGAAGGCACAUUUUGACCAACAUUAUCUGGCAAAGAUGAUGGAGGCACUGCCUCGCAUUCGCGAGCUUCACAUCGAUUUUUGUCACAGUGGAUCGCAUCUUGAGUCCAGCAUUACCCUCACAAAUGGUGCACCAAAUUUAGUGAGCCUGUCACUGCUACCAAAUCAUCAUCCACAUACGGCUGUCGGGGUUUCCUCCAAGCUUUCGAAGCUGUUUAUGGGAGAAAUGCCGAAACUGAAGCAGCUCUGUCUCGGAUAUUUCACAUCAUGGCCACAAGAAUACUUCAAGGACCUAACGCACCUUUGCCUGUAUGAGCAGGACACAUUUACACGCCCUUCGACGUCUGAUUUUCUCGACUUUUUGGAGUCGUCGCCACGUCUGGAGAAGCUUGCAUUGGUUGACGCUGGGCCAACACGUUACAUCUCCGAUGACCUACCCCUGGUUCCUAUCGACCGCGUUGUGGCUCUCGAUCAUCUCAAUGAGAUCAACAUGAAUGCCAGCAACGGUAUCGCUUACAUCACACGAUUACUAUCGCACCUAGCCCUACCCGAACAAACGAACAUGUUCUUCUGGGGCCAGCCGCUAGUUCAACAGCAAGAAGAGCUUUCCUCCCUCCUCCCUUCUGAUAUCUCCCACCUCCAAAACAUGCAAAACAUCCAGGAAUAUCGGUUGAUAGAGUCCGGGAACGACCGACGCCCCUCCCCUGACAUUGUCGCCGUGAUCAAUGGUGUCCUAUUUAUCCGUGGAAACUUCGCAUUGGCUCAACUCGCCACUAUACCCCUUAAAUUCCCACUAAAUAACGUAAAAAGAUUGCUCUUCAACACCAAUCGCUGUUCCCCCCGCCAUGCACAUGGUAACUUCGAUACUAUAUCCCGGAUGUGGAGAGUUGCGUUCGAACACAUGCCUUCUGUUGAGGUCAUCACUAUCCGCUCGGACGACAUGCACAAGGCUAAAGUGAUCUUGGAAGGUCUCUAUCCUCGAGGUCCUGAAAAAUUAGCUCCAUGUCCUCUUCUCACGUCUCUGCGGAUAGAGAAAUACGCAGCGGAUAUAUCAACCUUCCUCGCCUUCUAUAUUGCGGUGCUGGCGGAAGAACGUCGGAGCAUUGAAUCUGUCGAGAUUGUCUCUUUAAAUAGGCCACCCAAGCGCUGGAGGGACACAUGGUCUGGCUCAAGUUGGGUUCCGCCUUAUGGAAGUGAUUCUGAUGAUGAGUCUGAAGUGGACGGCUGUGAAGAUGAUCAGGAUGAGACGGGAGAAACUAUGCUGCAAUCAGACGGUCUAGAAGCCUUGAGAAGACGUGUUAAGAAUGUUAAUCAAAUGAAGAGGACGAACUCGUAUACCCAUUGGACCCCAAAGGAAUGGCCUACGCAAACUUAUCUUUGGAAGAAGGAAUACGAUACGAGAAGAAUCUCUAGCCUUGGGUGGUAG